UUAGCCCGAAGAGCGACACCACAGUUAGCCAAACUGCACUGUUAGCAUUAGCUCUCUGAUUUAAAAGUGACAGGACUUCUCAGUUUGUAGAAGAAAUACCGACAUGGCUGUGUCACCAGCAGUCACAGCGCUGUGUGAGAAUACAAACGAAGUCUUCUUAGACGUCGCCAAGUUGUUACUCACAUACGCGGACAAUAUUUUAAGGUUUCCCAAUGAGGAGAAGUACAGAUCGAUCCGUAUUGGCAAUCCUACUUUCUCCACCAAAGUGUUGCCCAUCAAAGGUGCUGUGGAAUGUCUCUUUGAAAUGGGAUUUGAAGAGGCUGAGACUCACUUGGUCUUUCCCAAAUCUGCAUCUGUGGAACAGCUGAAGUUCAUCAGGGAAUCUAUUGCAGAAGAGAGGGAUCAGAGGUUGCAUGGAGGAUGUCCUUCCCAACCUGCUGCUCAGGCUGCUGUGGCCUCAGCUUCAGCUUCAGCUUCAGCACCAGACAGCAAUGCUGCUGCAUCUAGCCAGCCAGUAGUAACACCCGCACAGCAGCCAUCUUCUUUGGAGAGCAGUAUGAGCUUUUUUGUGACUCUUCAGUCUAACUUUCAACACGUGAUGCUGUAUGAAAACCCUGAGUUGCAGCAGAAAGCCAGAGGCUCCAUCCCUCACCAGGAGCUGUCUUCUGCUGCUCAACAAAAGCUCAAGGAGGCUAAACAGGCCGACCCAGAAUGUAAACUUGGAAUAGAGGACUUCCUGGUGCUGGAGUUACUCAGGUGGUUUAAACAGGACUUUUUCUCGUGGGUGGACUGUUUGCCCUGCACACGCUGUGGAGGUCCAACCCAACACGGCAGCUCCCUCAGUCCAAGCACUGAGGAUCUCCGCUGGGGAGCUCAGCGAGUGGAGAACCACUACUGUCAGAGCUGCCAACUCUCCACCCGAUUCCCCAGGUAUAACAAUCCUGAAAAGCUGCUGGAAACCAGAAGGGGGCGCUGUGGGGAGUGGGCCAACUGUUUUACCCUCUGCUGCAGAGCACUUGGACUUGAGGCCAGGUACAUCUGGGACAGCACAGACCAUGUGUGGACAGAGAUUUUCUCCGUUGCCCAGCGUCGUUGGCUGCACUGUGACUCGUGUGAGAAUGUCUGUGAUAAACCGCUGCUGUACGAGAUCGGCUGGGGAAAGAAACUGGCCUAUGUUUUGGCUUUCUCUAAGGACCAGGUGGUUGAUGUGACGUGGAGGUAUUCCUGCAAACAUCCAGAGGUUUUGUCGAGAAGGACCCGGGUUCAGGAAGCCUGGCUCCUGCACACCAUUAAUGGACUCUGUGCCUCCAGGCAGCAGUCUCUGAGUCCAGAGAGGAAGAAGGAGCUGACGGAGAGGCUGCUUGUGGAGCUAGUGGAGUUCAUUUCCCCAAAGAAACCUAAACCAGGAGAGCUGGGGGGUCGUAACUCUGGCUCUCUAGCCUGGAGGAUAGCACGGGGAGAGACCAGCAGUGCCGAUACUGAGACCUCCACACAGGGUGCAGGUUUCGUUUUUACUCCUACUGAGAAAGAAAAGAGUGACAAGUUACUACAUGUGCGCUACAAUAUCACCAAAGAUCAGUACUGUCGAGUAUCCAGCAACUCUGAGAUGGUCCAGAGCUGGGAUCAGUGUGUGUGGAAGAAGGAGUCUGUAUUCAGAAAGGUGGAACAGGACUGGAUGAUGGUGUACAUAGCACGAACAGAAGGCUCUUCUAUGGGAAAAAUCAGCUGGAAGUUUGACUUUGCUCCAGCCGGAAUGAAGAUAAAGCAUGCGUCCGUCAUGGCCAGUAGCCAAACCUUCCACUCUGGGAAAGUCUGUUGGCGCUUGCAUUCAAGCCAAACUACGACAGAAUUCUCUGGAGAUGGGAAGAUGCAGCCGUUCUCCAGUCUGUCCGGUUCUCCAGAGCUCAUCGUUUCGGCAGAGCUCAGCGGAGGAGACGGGGACCAGUCGUGGCAGCAUUCUCAGCUGUUCAGACAGAGCUUGAAGGAGGAAGAGGAGCCAUCAUUUGAAAUCAUCAUCCACCUACAAGAUGAUUGACACUAGUUUUUACCUAAAAAAAAAAAUUCACAGUUUGUUGUUUUAUUCAUUUCUCUGACAAGUUCGAGGCUAGCUGCUGGGGUGAUAGUUCGGCCUGUAAAGUUGACACGUGUUGGCAAAUCAGUGCAAUAUUUUAACGUGUAAGUCCUCCAGGGUGAUUAAACAUGCAUGGGCUAAUGAUAGGUGAAUGAAGAUGUGAUGUGUGUACCUCUAAUUUGACUUAAGGGCCAAUUGUAAUCAAAAAAACAUAGUUUUUUUUGUUUAAAAAAAUAAAUUGCCUCCACUGUGAAUGUAAUUGUACUUUUUUGAUGCAUGGAGACAUUCCACAUCAGGAGCCAAGGUUGAUACCAUCAUCAGCUCAGGUUUCUCAAGAUCUCCUUUUAGUAAUAAAGUGUAUUUGUUUUGUUGACUGUGUUGUUUAAUAAUGAGUUAUAUUUUCCAUCUUUCCACCCCGAGUUACAUGCCUGUAAUUCUAAAUUGAACAAAUCCUGUUAAUAAUGUCAGCAUUGGUGUCACAGUAAAGGCUGAACCUGAGUGAGCGUAUGUAGCGGUGUAAUAAAGGCAUGUUUUCUA